GGGGUUAUGACGGAGAGAGAGAGAGAUAGAUAGAUGCACAUUGCUGUAAGCACGACUAUACUGUCGGAAAUUUAUCUUAUCUGCCGUUUUUAGUUUAUUUGCGUGGAAAUGAACAGCGUGGGUGAAAGCUGCACUGAGCUGAAGCGAGAAUAUGACCAGUGUUUUAACCGCUGGUUCGCCGAGAAAUUCCUGAAAGGAGACCGCGGUGAUGAUCCGUGCACCGAAGUGUUCAAGAAAUACCAGACCUGUGUCCAGAAAGCCAUCAAAGAAAAGAACAUCCCUAUCGACAACGUGGAGUUCAUGGGUCCGAACAAAGAGAAACCAGGCAGUUGAUGUGACUUUGAACCGUCGUUCUUCUGAAUUACUGGUGGAGAAAUCAUCCUGGACUGCACCGAUGAUGUCCACAUCGUACGUGAUUGACUUACGAUUGAGGGCUUUUUUUGGGUGCGGAGCGAAACUGUUUAAAACUUAAUCUACUGGAAUGCUACAGGACAGCGCAGGUCGAUUUUUUUUUUUGUUUGUUUUUGCUUGUAGGAAGGGAAUCCAUACGUGGUAGAUACAGUGAAGCCGUUUGAAAUGCUGGAUAAGUGGAAUACUAAAGCUUAUGUUAACAUGCCCCUGAAAUCUGACUAAUACAUUUGAAAUUGAAUUUUCA